AUUGACUCGCACGCACAUACGUUUAUUAUCUAUUCCAUUCUCACGUUACUUUCCACAAUGUUAAAACAUUUUACAGGGUAGCAAGUAAACCUUGAAAUUCGCACGUACAACUGAAUGAAGAAAUGGCUGCCGGGUUGUAGAGAACUCCACUCCAGGAUUUCAAGAAAGCUUUUCCGAGUGACACAUUGACAUCAUCGGAGGCGUGACUGAGGGGGAGGCGGGGGCUCCGCGCUGAAAUGCUGCUGUGCGGAGCUGGAAUUACUGUGUAACAGCAACAGUAAAGCAAAUAGCAAAGUGAUAGCAGCAGACAACAGUGAGCAACUGCUGUCUAUAUUGGUUAGGUUGGAAUUAUCUCCAGUUUCUUUACAUGUGCAUUGGGGAGCAGUUUUUUAUCUUUGUAUUAGGCAUUCUCGUUACACUUUGGCUGUACGGAGGGGAGAGGGGUUGCAGCAGGACCAUGUGGUGAAGCAGAGCUGGAUCUGGGACGUCGUUUUGCACCACGCAAGUUCAGCUUAGAAGGCUCGUGUGACUAUCCAGGGGAAAUACAAGUCGAAGUCGGUGGAAGAAAAGAGGAAUCUUGUAUUCCUUGCCUUGCUCUGCUCUAUCUUGUUGGAUCACGUUGCUGCUACUGCAGGUGGCUCUAUAGCUGCUUCUGCUCGUUUGCGGGCAGCAAUUGUGCCUGCAUCUUGCCAUUUUGAUCUGCUAGCUUGAAAUGAACCAUUUGCAGCAAGGGGUUGAUUGUCGUCACCUAUAACCGAAGAGAGAGACUUGCAGCCAGAGAGACGGCUUCCUUGGGAAUCCCACCACCAUCGAGUGAUUUACUUCUCCCAAGAGAAUUGUGCCUGCUCAAUGAACAAAAAACAGAAAUACGGAAGAGUUGUCCUCUCCAACCAAAACGGGGCUGGAAAAAAAAAGAGAGAGAGAAAGCGGGGCACAGUCUCUUCUGAAGGGGAAACGAAACCCACCCGCCUUCUCUUCACACUUGCGCUGCUCUGUGGAUCUUAACUGGGGUGGCUUGAAAUGGAUUUGCCACUAGUGACUUCUUGGAGAUAAGUCCUUAAUUCCUCUCCCGUUCUUAUUGAGCUGAGGAUUUCAGAUGCAUGCCAGGUUCCCACUGAAUGCCAGAAGUAGAAAUCCCUACAGAUGGAGCCCCAAAGUCAACAUGGCAGUGGCGGUUCAUUAGUUGUAAUCCAGCAGCCUUCCUUGGACAGCAGGCAAAGGUUGGACUAUGAAAGAGACAUUCAGCCAUCAGCUAUCUUGUCAUUGGACCAGAUCAAAGCCAUCAGGGGCAGCAAUGAGUAUACCGAAGGUCCAUCUGUGGUGAAAAAGUCUGGCCCACGGACAGCACCAAGACAAGAAAAGCAUGAAAGGACUCAUGAAAUCGUACCAAUUAAUGUGAAUAAUAAUUAUGAGCACAGACCCAGCCACCUGGGACCCGGGGCACACCAGCCUAAUGUAAGGGCUCCUAUGUUGAGCAGAUCGACUAGCACUGGAAGUGCAGCUAGUUCUGGAAGCAACAGCAGUGCCUCUUCAGAGCAGGGGUUGUUGGGAAGAGCGCCACUCUCUCGGCCAGGUUCAAGCCACAGAUCUGAAAGGACAAUCCGGACACAGCCCAAGCCGUCAUCUUUGAUGGUAGAUGAUCUGAAGGGUCCCUUGAAAGAGGACAUGACACAGCACAAGUUUAUCUGUGAACAGUGUGGGAAGUGCAAAUGUGGUGAGUGCACAGCCCCGAGGGCCUUACCUUCGUGUUUGGCCUGCAACAGGCAAUGCUUGUGCUCAGUAGAAAGUAUGGUGGAGUACAGCACCUGCAUGUGCCUGAUCAAAGGGAUCUUCUACCACUGUUCCAAUGAUGAUGAAGGGGACUCGUAUGCGGAUAAUCCCUGCUCUUGUUCGCAGGCACAUUGCUGUUCUAGGUACCUGUGCAUGGGAGCAUUGUCCUUGUUUUUUCCUUGCUUGCUCUGCUACCCUCCAGCUAAGGGAUGCCUGAAGCUGUGUCGAGGGUGUUAUGACCGGAUCAAUCGUCCUGGUUGCCGAUGUAAGAACUCCAACACUGUCUAUUGUAAGCUGGAGAGCUGCCCAUCUCGGAGUCAGGGAAAGCCCUCAUAAUUUUGGAGGGGAGAUUUUACUUCCUCCAGUGCUUGUUUUCAGGUUGUGGCUAAUUUUCUGUUUGUGUGGGGGUUUUACCAUUGCAUCCUUUUCCACUUUAUGUAUGCAAGUUCUUUCCUGUGCCCCCUCCAUAAUCCCUCUCUUAACUCAGACAGGUGUGGAGUAUUUUACUCAGUCAUGUUUAUUUCAAUUCUUUGGUAAGCCUGGACACUGUGCCUGCAUUUGACUCCUCAACUUGACAGGGCCUCCUAGGUUUGUAAGUAAUCCACUCAUGAAAGAGGCAGUGAGGGCUUUUCUUCAGCCUCUUACUCUGCAAACAACUUCCCCAAUGUUCCCUUUUGUUCUCUGCAACUGUCUCUCUCUUUAGUUCCAAGGAAUAGUUCUACCUUAUUUCACGAUCAAGCUGGAUUAAUCUUGAGGGGUUUGGAACCGUAGAAAAUUUAAGGCAGGCUUUUACUCCAUAGUGAGAGAGAACCUGCUUUUCCCUUUGUUCCUUCGUGGAAUUGUCUCAGUCCAGAGACUUGCCUGGUUGAUACAUUUUUUUUUCUUUUAAAGUGUAGUUUUGGAUUUUGCUUCACUAUAUAGAUCUUCACAUUGGAGACAAUAUGGCUGCAAUUUGUUCAUCUGUUUUCCUUGCUUUCAAAUCUGUGAAGGACAUCACUACUCCACCUCUGUCACCAUGUUUCUGUGAUCACUGAGAUCCUGUUGAUGCUGAUGUUAAAGUUGGUGGUGUUUGCAUAUCUGAAUAAUCUUCAGGUGUUAUUGAAUUAAGUUACCUAAAUGUUCUUGGCUCUUUAACACUUCUCUUAUUCCCUUGGUUAGUGAAUUUAGCUCUGCCUUGUGCUUCAUAACUUUAAUCUGUUCCAAGUUUUAUUGCCUUAGCCACAAUUUGUGGUCUUUUUUUUGUAUAUUUGAUGUAUAAAACACAAAGUUGAAUCCUUACUAUUUUUAAGACAAAAGUCUGUUAAAACUUUUUUUUAUUGUAAAGAAUAUUUAUUUUGUGAAUCUCUAUUAUUUUAUGAUAUUUAUUGCAAAAGACUGUUUUGAAAAAUGUACUCGCCUGAAUAUAACAAAAUAUCAAUACUUAACGAAAAUAAGGGUGACACAAAGAAAGUACAUAUGUUAACUAUAAUGCAGAAAAUAUAUUAAUUAAUGAAAAUGUCUCUUGAGUUUUUCAUUUUAAUAUACCCGUAGGUAGUGGUGUGAUCUCUAAGUCUAUAUUGCAAAAAGUGUUGCUAUUUUUUUUCUCCUUGUGCUAUGUCAGGGGGUUGAAUAACCAAUACUGUGAGGAUACUAGCAUGUGUUCAAGUCUUGUUUGCCUAACUUUGAUGUUGAAAAUUCAUUAAAAUGAAUUUUCACUAGGAGAUAUUUAAUAAAAUUGAAUCUCUGUAAUUUGCUUGAUGUUGCCAUGAAGUUUAGACCAUAUCAAUUUACCAGAGCAUUCUGGAAAUGCAGCUAUAGAUAGGGACCCCUAACUUCUAUUAUUUGUGUGUGUGUGUGUGUGUGUGUGUGUGUGUGUGUGUGUGUGUGUUACUGCACAUCUGUACAAAAGGCAAGAAGUAAAAAUAAUCUUGGUGUUGCUGAAGUCUGUUAGGUCAGGAAACCUAUGUUUUGUUUUGUCUUGCUGCCCUGCGGGAACUCUGACUUAUCCAAUCACAACUGAACUUCACUUGUCCCUUUUAAUCUAAACUCUCUUGAAAGUAAUAUAGGUAUCACAGCUAUUUGCUGAGUACAUGCACAUUUAAAUGGUCAGAAAUAGGCUUUGCUUUAGGAUGAAUGGACAGUCUCCCACUUCUAAUGGUGUACUUUCAGGCUUCCCAAGGAGAGUGUACCAGUUCAAUACACUGCUAAGUUGCGUUCAUAAUGUUUCUCUGACCUUCUGCAGCACAUUUAAGAAAAAGUAGUUUUAAGAUUCAGGAGACUACAUCAUACUCUGCAAAUGAGUUCUCAGAUUUUGUUGCUUUGAGUGACCUCAACUUGUUUUAUCAAUAACCCCUCAGAAUAUUAAAAAAUAUAUUAGACUGGGCUCUUCUAAUUAAGUGUGUCAGCACUGACUCCCCGAGUGUCUUUUGUUGUUGCUGGAGUUCAGCUAUAAGUCAUUAAAAUGUUGUUAGGAGUUGCAUCUCUUGUUGAAAGAAGAAUGCAGCUUUUAUGACAAUAAGUACAGGCAGUCCCCGGGUUACGUACAAAAUAGGGACUGUAGGUUUGUUCUUC